AUGGCUAAAUUUAUCUAUUUCUUAGUUAUAAUAUUUGUUAAAUUGCUCAUCUGCGAGUGUGAAAAUGUAGUAUUAAAUAUCUCUGCAAAACCAGUAGAAUUGAAUACAAAUAAAAUAAAUUCCAAUACAUAUUUUGUAAAUGGACUUCCAUGUAAAAAGUUUGCCCCUAAGCCUAAUAAUAGUGUUAAAAAAGUUAUGGAAGGUAAUAUUAAGGUUUGGGAAGAUUCUAGAUCUGAAUGUACUGACGCUAUAGUUUAUCCUGAAACUGAUAGACCGAAACUUGUACAUUUAUUCAUAACUACUGAUGCCAGAAGUUCACAUGAAUAUUAUUCUAGAGAAGGUGAUAAAUGGACUAAAAUAGAUGAAGCGAAAUAUCGUACAUUGCUGGAUGAAUUUUUACCACAAACUUCACGUCCUUCUAUGGGUAAAAAGAAAGGUUCAUUCCAAUUACCAAGUCUUUUUAUCGUCUUUUUACAAUUUUUCUUGUAUUCUUUCUAG